GUAUCCGGUACACAUGGUCGCUUUCUAACCCUAAUAAUACGUUUUGGAUUUAUGUUAUAUUAAUCGUUCAGAAAUAUUGAAUGGAACAUAGAAUACAGGAAACAUGUUCAAAAUGUUCAACUCCUUAAUAAUUACAACAUGCUUUGUUCAAGUAGAAAAGUACUGUAGCAAUAAAUAUUUAAUAGAAACAAAAAUGCAUCAGUACCAUUAUAGAAGCAAUUGAUGAAACACAGUGUAUGCAUUUCCGUUAACAAAAGUGUUAGAUUAUAGUUGUGACACUUUAAAGAAGAGUAAAUCAAAGAAGUAAAAGCCUUAUAUCAAAAAUGUAAGCAUCGCACAAACAAUUGCAUAAGAAAGAUAAGUCAAUUUAUUGAUUGAUUAGUCAUUGUAAUAAAGUUUUUCUUAUAAUAUAACAGAAUGUAUAAUACAACUCCAAAGUAAAUAAUACAUUAAAUGUAUGGUAUAUGAGGAUAUAAGAAUCAUAGAUGAUGCUAUACCAUGAUUCAUUAGUGUUGCCUCUCAGUUGUAUUUCAAAUGUAGAGGAUUAAAAACCAAAUGACUUAGAAUAAAAUAAUUUUUUCCAUCAAAAAGAGUAAAAAACUUUGUAGGGUCUAAACUUUAUGUCCUGUUUGAACAUGCUGCUGGCUAUGCCCUGUUCUUUGUUAAAGAGUUUGAAGAGGUAGGAAUGCUACUGCCUCAAGUUGAAGCAUCAGUCACAGAUCUGUCACGUUUUAAUUCAGUUGUAAAAUUAAUUGGAUUUGCACCUUUUAAAACUGCUCUGGCAGCUUUGGAAAGUAUAAACAAUAUUUCUGAAGGGGUUGUUCCAGAAGAUUUGCAGCUAUUUUUAGAUUCAUGUAUACCAAAGUCUGGAAAAAGUGACAAAGUAAUACUUGGUGUCGCAGAUCCAAAACUUGGAGCUAGUAUUACUGAAGCAUUAGGCAUAAAAUGUGAUCAUACUGGUGUUGUCCCAGAAAUCAUCAGAGGAGUAAGAUUUCAUUUUCACAAUUUAGUGAAAGGAUUCACUUCUAAAAGUUCUGGAAUUGCACAACUUGGACUUGGCCAUAGUUAUUCUAGGGCUAAAGUGAAAUUCAAUGUCAAUCGUGUUGAUAAUAUGAUCAUACAAAGUAUAGCUUUGUUGGAUCAGUUAGAUAAAGAUAUCAAUACAUUCAGUAUGCGCAUAAGGGAAUGGUACAGUUAUCACUUUCCAGAACUUGUGAAAAUAGUUCCUGAAAAUUAUAUGUAUGCCAAGGUUGCACAAUUGAUAAAAAACAGAAAAGAGCUUACAAAUGAAAAAUUGGAAGCUCUGGAAGAAGUUGUUAUGGAUAGUGCGAAAGCUCAAGCAAUUAUAGAUGCAUCAAAAUCAUCUAUGGGAAUGGAUAUUAGUCCUGUUGAUCUUCUUAACAUUGAAAUGUUUGCAGCACGUGUUAUCGCUUUGGCUGAUUACAGAAAACAAUUAGCAGAGUAUUUAAGAUCUAAAAUGGCGGGAGUGGCACCAAAUUUAGCUACGUUAAUAGGUGAUCAAGUAGGAGCUAGAUUAAUAGCACAUGCUGGAUCUCUUACAAAUUUAGCUAAAUAUCCCGCCUCUACUGUACAAAUAUUAGGGGCAGAAAAGGCUUUAUUUAGAGCAUUAAAAACAAAAGGAAACACUCCAAAAUAUGGAUUACUGUUCCAUUCAACUUUCAUUGGCCGUGCGGGUACAAAAAAUAAAGGUAGAAUUUCGAGGUACCUUGCGAAUAAAUGUUCAAUAGCUUCGAGAAUCGAUUGUUUUACCGAUAUACCAACUAACAUAUUUGGUGAAAAAUUACGGCAACAAGUAGAAGACAGAUUGAAAUUCUAUGAAACUGGUGAAAUACCGAAAAAGAAUAUAGAUGUAAUGAAAGAAGCAUUGGAAGAAGCUGCGAAUGUAAUAGCAAGUAUGGAACAAGAAGUACCUAAAAAGAAGAAAAAGAAAGAUAAAAAAAGAAAACAUGAAGAUGAAGUGUUAGAGCAUGGGAAGGAAAAUGGAUUUGUGGAAAACGGAGUUACAGAACAAUCUGAAGAACCCGUCAAAAAAAAGAAAAAAAAGAAGAAGUCGAAAAAUUUAGACACAACCGAAUGAAAAUCGUUAACAAUUAAACUGACUUUCCUUAUUCCAUGAA